AUGAGCGCCUGCAACACCGCGAAGCAGUGGAAUCUUUCCUUACAUCUCUUCAACUCCAUAUCGAAGACGAUGCUCUCGCCUGACGUCUUCAGCUUCAGCACUGCUAUCAGCUCCUGCGAAAAGGGCGGUCAAUGGCAGCUAGCCUUGCGACUGUUCAGUGACAUGCCGGCGUCCGAGCUAAAACCCGACGUAUUUACCUACAAUGCCGCCCUGAGCUGUUGUGCAAAGGCAGGUCAGUGGCAACUGGCCUGGCAGCUAUUCGAGAGAAUGCCUCAGACAGGUUUGAAGCCGGAUGUUGUGAGCUAUAAUUGUAGCAUAAGUGCCUGUGAGAGGGGCGGCCAAUGGCAGCUGGCAUUGUUUUUGUUCAGCUCCGUCCGAAGAUGUGAGUUGUCGGCCGACAUCCACACCUUCCGUGCUGCGAUCAGCUCAUUGGAGAAGGGCGCGCAGUGGCAGAGAGCUUUGGAAGUCUUUGAAUCCAUUCCGUGCGCUGGCCUAACUGCAAACAGAUACACUUACAAUGCGACCAUCAGUGCUUGUGAGAAAGCCAGCAACUGGCAAGGAUCUUUGCACUUUUUUGAAGCCAUGCUGGCUUCAAAGGUCACUCCAAAUAUCAUCACCCACAAUGCCCUCAUCAGCUCCUGUGGGAAAGGUGGACAGUGGCAGUUAGCUACCUUUCUGUUCAGGAACAUUCGCAAUGCUCAGCUCUCUCCGAACACGAUCAGCUACAACUCUGCGAUGAGCUCCUGCGAGAAGGGUAGUCACUGGGAAUCUUCCUUACAUCUCUUUACAGGGAUGCCGGGGUCUCAGCUGUCUCCUGACGUAAUCAGCUACAGUGCAGCGAUCAGCUCUUUUGAAAAGGGCGCGCAGUGGCAGCUGGCUCUUGCAUUCUUUCAUGCGAUGCCUGCUGCACACAUCGUGCCGGAUCGUGUGAGCUACAACACAACUAUCAGCUCUUUAGAGAAGAGUGGUCAAUGGCAACUAUCUCUGCAACUAUUCCAGACCAUGCCCGUGGCGAAGCUCGCUCCGGACGUCGUCAGCUGCAACGCCACCAUCAGCUCAUGCGAGAAAGGUGGCCAAUGGGAGCUGGCCUUGAACCUCUUCCAUGCCAUUCCAGAUCUUCAGCUCAAGCCGGACGUCAUCAGCUUCGGUGCCACCUUAGUCUCCCUGGAGAAGGGCGAGCAAUGGCAGCUGGCCUUGCAACUCUUCGGCUCCAUGCCGGCGUGGACGGUGACCCCAAACAUCCUCAGUUUCGGCACCGCCAUCAGCACCUGCGCCAAGGGGGAGCAGUGGCCGAUGGCCCUGCAUUUGCUGGAUGCCAUGCCAGUGUCCGACCUCACUCCCAACGUCAUCAGCUACAAUGCCAUCAUCAGCUCCUGUUCACGAGGCCAGAAUUGGCAGCUGGCGAUGAAUGUUUUCGAUGCCAUCCUUCGGGCACGCUUGGUCCCCAACAUGAUCAGCUACAAUGCCGUCUUGGCUGCUGUCCCAGAGUCCGA